CUCAGUCAGAUGCUGGGGAAUGACAUCAAGUAUCAGGUGCGAGAGCCUGUUGGUCUAAGGCUCUGGAUCGCCAUCUCUGCGUUUGCCUUCACAGUUAUGGCCUUGAUGGCCCUGGUGUGUCCCAACCAGCUCUACGAGGUGGUGUUUGAAGAGGAGAUCAGCAACACCAGCAUCUCCAUCAGGCUCUAUGGAGGAGCACUACUCAGUCUGUCCCUCAUCUUGUGGAAUGGAGUGUAUACACAGGAGAAGGUCAUCAUUCAAUGGACUCUGCUCAGUGAAGCAUGCUACUUUGCUGUCCAGUUUUUAGUUACGUCUGUCACCCUGGUGGAGAUGAGCUUGUUGCCCAACGCUGCCGUCCUCCUCCUCCUCAGCCGGGUGCUCUUCCUCCUGGUCACUCUCUUCUAUUACUACCACCUGGGGAGAGGACGAGCCAAGAAGAUCUGAGAUGGAGGGAGGGGAGGAGAGAGGACGAGCCAAGAAGAUCUGAGAUGGAGGGAGGGGAGGAGAGAGGACGAGCCAAGAAGAUCUGAGAUGGAGGGAGGGGAGGAGAGAGGACGAGCCAAGAAGAUCUGAGAUGGAGGGAGGGGAGGAGAGAGGACGAGCCAAGAAGAUCUGAGAUGGAGGGAGGGAGGAGAGAGGACGAGCCAAGAAGAUCUGAGAUGGAGGG